AUGUCCAAGCCCAUGCCUGAUACCACCGGCCCCGACGAGGCACCAAGGGGCCCUUCGCUGCUCGACCUCCCACCCGAGGUCCUGUUGCAGGGCGUCCUUCCCGUGUUGCGGCUCAAGGACCUGCUCAACAUUUCGCUCGUCAACAAGGAACUGCACUCGCUGGCGAACGACCCGACGCUAUGGCGCUCCAAAAUGCAAGCCGACUUCUCGUACUCGGCCGCCAACCUCGGCCUCGCCGCCCCGCACUCGGAGGAAGGACGAAACGCCCGCGACGCAAGCUGGUUCAAGCGCGUCUACCUUGGCCUGACCCGGCCGCACGUGUAUCUGUGGGGUGAGGCGACUCAGUCGCGCCUCACGGCGCUCCCCGAUAAUGGGAUGAACCGGUAUCGGUGGAACGUGCCGCGGCCGUACGAUGUCGCGCGCGCAUUCACGCUUCCCAAUGCCGCGAUACCUGGGGAACGCGAGCCGAUCGGUCUCGUCGAGUUGCAGGCUGGCGGGUGGAGCUUUGCAGCCCGCGACGCAGCUGGUCAUGUGUGGGUAUGGGGCCAGCUGGAGGGGAUGGGCUUUGCGCGUGGGGGGUGGGAAAACCGUCGUCACGAAGUUGACAAGCCUGCGCGGAUCCCGCUCCCGAACUCUUGUACUUCGAUUGCUCUUGGGCGCAGCCACCUGCUCGUCCUCGACUCUGAUAACCUCGUUUGGGAGAUGCGCGCGUGGGGCCGUGCGUUCCGGCACACGGCGCGCUCUAUCACUGCGCCAACCGCCACUGGAGCGGGCGCACCCGGCCGAGCACCGCACAUUGCCCAGAUCGCAGCAGGAUGGGAGAUGAGCGCUCUCCUCACUGCUGCUGGAGAGAUCCACGUAUGGUUCCCAUUCCGCAAUGACUACGCGCCCGCGACGACACCUGAGGAGCAGAUGGAUGGGCCUGUUUGCAUCGACGGUGUCAACUCGGCGCGCGAGUUCAAGUGGGGUACGGUAGGCGGGGAGGUCAUGCAGGCCGCCGAUCCCAUCCCGCUCCGGCCAGAGGUCAGUUCCACGCUUUCGGAGGAGCAUGAUGCGCUCUGGCCGAGGCAGUACGGCGAGAAGGCACGGGCCGAAGCGCAGCGCGUGAUCAAGAUUGCGUGCGGGCGUGACUUUAUCGUCGCGCUCCGUCACAACGGUGAAGUGUGGGCAGCACGUACAUCUGACGGCACCAUCGGAGCUUGGGAAUACAUGCAGCACUUCUCGCUGCCGUCCAUCACACACAUUUCGGCGCAAUUCACGACGUUUGCUGCGUACUCGACUCCGACAGGUGGCGCAGUCGGCAAGGUUCUGCUGCAGCGACUCGAGACGGUCACGCCAGCAUGUGGCCGCGAGCUGCAGCCCAUGGAUGUGCCAGGUCUCGCGGACCUACCUGUCGUCCAAGUGACGGCAGGGGACUGGCACUGGGCUGCGCUCACAUCCAAGGGCGAGAUGUACACUUGGGGCCAGAACGGGCAAGGACAACUCGGUGACGGUAGCGAGAACGCACGCGAAGAGCCGACGCGUGUCCAGUUCCCGCCCGGUGAGGACGGCCGCGAAGCUUUCGUCUUCUCAAUCGCCGCCGCAGGCAUGCAGACCGGCGCGCUUGUUCUCGGGUACAAGCCUAAGAAGAUGCCGCAGCCGCGACCAGCGCGACCGCCCGAGGGCCUCGAAAUGCCGCGCAUCAACUUCCCCGGGCGCGGCAUAUUCGGUUUACCCUUUCGGAUCGGCUAUGCUGGUCGCGGCGCUAUGCGUGGUGGCAGCUUCUCGGGACGUGGGCAUGGGGGUGUACCUCCUGGCCCUGGUGGUGAUUCUGGCGCGUAG